AUGGAGAGCAUUAAAAGUGUGGCACCGAAAACCAAUUGGUCGGGUCGUGUGAUGAAGAUUGCAGGUAUUUUUGCAUUGUUGUUUUCUUUUUUAGAUUUCGGGGAGUGUAUCAAUAUACCCUCCUUAAUGUCUCAAAAGAGUAUCAAUCAAGCACCUGUGAUUCUUGAUUAUGACGAUGAUGACGAAUUUGAGGCUAUCCCCGCUUCGGCGUUGGCUGAGGAGAGAACGGACGAGUUAGCUGCCGAAGCUACCAUUCAAAAACACAAUGAGCAAGUGAGAAAGAAUGAGGAGGAAGAAAAGAAAGAAGAAGCGGAAGCUAUCAAACGUGAUGCCAUGGCUAAUAAGCAGAAGGUGCCUUCAGCCUCAUUUGUUCAGUUUACUGAGACCACAGUACCGUCCACGAGCGAAGGUACAAAUGAAACUGACCCAGACGUUCCCGAAGAAGAAGAGAAAGACAUAUCGACUGUGGAGCCACGUGCCGUCGCACAAGCUUACGAAAAUGUCCAAGAAGACGAUGAUGAUGAUGAUGACGAUGACGAGAUGCCGGCGGACUACAAUCAAGAAAAAGCUAAGCCGUCCUCCAAGCCGUCAAGUCAUGUAAAAAAAGAAGAAAGAAAGAAUGAGGAAACUGGUGAUUCGUCUGGUGGCGGUGUUGAUAUCAUCAGUGAGCAGCCAACUACUACAAACAAGUGGAGGGAUGCUUACAGGUCAUAUCUCCGUAAGCGUGAAGCUGCCAUUCAGGGUGUUAACCAGGAAGGUAAUGAUAACAGUGAGAUCGAUGAGAAUGACGAUGUUGCAAUUGCAUUUGGCGAUAAACCGAAAGAUGCCGCUAGUGAACAAAAGAGCUAUGGUGAAGAGGGUAGGUAUAUCCACCCAUCCUAUUUGGCGUUACAGGAACCAGAUAUCACAGACACCGUGCCUCCUGCCGCCAUUAAGCAUUCUAAUGGUAAAGAGCGAUUUCACAGAUUGAAGAAAGCCGGGCGUAUUAUUCGUAACGUAUCGGCUUUGGCUGCUCAGUAUGCGAAGAAGGCUGCGCUUCGUGCUGUUGAAGCUAUAAAGCGUAAGGCUCGAAUAGGCAAGUGGAAGUCUGAGAGGGCUGUUAAAGAAUACGAGAGAAACCAAACACGCCCGGUUCACAGCGAUAGCGACGUUCUCAACGAUGAUUAG